CGUAACUACGCCACAUUACGCAGCCGUCUCGCUAAGCAGUCGCCGAGGCGGCCAUUAAGUGAUGAAGACGACCACUAAAAUACAACCUCACUCAGCUACCACGAGCGUUCUCCUCUUCAUAUUCCUUGCCUACAUUAAUUGCUGGCUUUCCACAUCACCCAGACGAGACGAGUUGGCGCGCGCUGUGAGCGCUUGUCAAAAUGCAGAGUUACGCUUCGACAACGCGAAAUGUUGACCAUACCAAGUCCGAAGGUGAGCUUGCGAUCAAUAUCCGAAAGGCGACGAGCAUCGAAGAGACGGCUCCGAAACGCAAGCAUGUCCGAAGCUGCAUUGUAUACACAUGGGACCACAAGUCUUCCGGGGCCUUUUGGGCCGGCAUGAAAGUGUUCGUUCUGCAAUAAUUCUUACUGUGCUGCUGGACUGCUUUGAGGCUCUGUUACCGGCUAGGCCAAGAGGCUCCAAGUCCAGGAAGACAAGGCUGACAUGAUCUGUCUUCGCAGGCAACCGAUUCUCGCGGACGAAGUACAGACCUUCAAGGCGUUGAUAACGGUCCACAAGGUUCUGCAAGAAGGCCACCCAACGACCCUGCGCGAGGCAAUGGCCAAUCGGAGUUGGAUUGAUAGUCUGAACAGAGGAAUGGCUGGAGAAGGGCUUCGGGGGUAUGGCCCAUUAAUCAAGGAAUAUGUGAACUUUCUACUUGCAAAGCUGUCUUUCCAUGCUCAGCACCCUGACUUCAAUGGCACUUUCGAAUACGAAGAAUACAUAAGCUUGAAGGGGAUCAACGAUCCGAAUGAAGGUUACGAGACUAUUUCCGACCUUAUGGCGCUCCAAGAUCGAAUCGAGCAGUUCCAGAAAUUGAUCUUCUCGCAUUUCCGAAGUGGUGGAAACAACGAGUGUAGAAUCUCCGCAUUGGUACCCCUUGUCCAGGAGAGCUACGGAAUCUACAAGUUCAUUACUAGCAUGCUGCGUGCUAUGCACACCACUACCGGAGACGACGAUGCCUUGGAGCCUUUGAGAGGACGAUAUGAUGCCCAGCACUACCGUCUGGUCAAGUUCUACUACGAGUGUUCUAACCUCCGAUACCUCACAAGCCUAAUCACCGUCCCAAAGCUUCCGCAAGAACCACCUAAUCUCCUCUCCGAAGAUGACGCUGCACCUAGACUACCCCAAAGACCAAAACAAGAGAUUGAGCGGCAAAUCACACCCCCGCCAGCUCCGAAGCCCGAUGAGCCCGAUGACAUUGGAGAGUUCUGGAAGAACGAGCAGGCAAGACAGAACAGAGAAUACGAGGACCAGCAACGGGUUCUUGAAGAGCGACAAGCCCAGCAGCUCUAUGCUCAGCAACAGGCGGCUCUUCAAGCUCAGCGCGACUUUGAAGAGCAGCAGCGACGUCUUGCGGAACAACAAAGACUGGAUCAGGAGGCCCUUUUGGCCCAACAGUAUCAACAACAAACACAGGGUCGGUUGGCACAGUUGGAACAAGAGAACCUUGCCGCUAGGUCACAGUAUGCCCAGGAUCAGCUCAUGCUACAGCAGUAUGACCAGAAGAUCAAGGCCUUGGAGGGUGAGCUUGCCCAGCUGCAGAACAGCUACGGUCAGCAAAUUGGGAGCAAAGAUGACCAGAUCCGAGCUCUUCAAGAACAAGUCAACACGUGGCGCACAAAGUACGAGGCACUGGCAAAACUGUACUCUCAGCUACGUCAUGAGCAUCUAGAUUUGCUGCAAAAGUUUAAGGGCGUUCAAUUGAAGGCUGCUUCAGCACAAGAAGCCAUUGAUCGACGAGAAAAGCUUGAGCGCGAGAUCAAGACCAAGAACCUUGAACUUGCAGACAUGAUCCGGGAACGAGAUAGAGCUCUCCACGACAAGGACCGACUCACAGGUGGUAAUCGAGAAGAGCUGGAAAAGUUGAAGCGAGAACUGCGCAUGGCGCUUGACCGAGCCGAUAACUUGGAGCGAAGCAAAGGUAACGAGCUCUCGUCGAUGCUCUCCAAGUACAACAGAGAGAUGGCAGAUCUCGAAGAAGCUCUGCGGAAGAAGUCCGAGGCUCUCAGAGACGUUCAUGCAAAAUACAGCGAAGGUGGUUCUGAUGCAGAACAAUUGUUGCGAGAGAAAGAGGAUGAGCUGGAGGUAUACAAGCAGAGCCUGGAUGAUACCCUGAUCAAGCUCAAUGAACUGGAGAUGUCACGUGGCGACACCGAUCAAGCCUUAGAUGGAGAGAUCGACGCCAUGCUCCUGUCAAAUAUUGGCAAGAUCAACGACAUCAUUGACUCCGUGCUGCAGAGCGGGGUUCAGCGGGUUGAUGAUGCCAUGUACGAGCUUGACUCUUCCAUGCAAGCUGGAAAUCAGAAUGCAACUCCUUCCUACGUCCUCUCGCAGAUCGAAAAGGCCUCUUCAAGUGCAAUGGAAUUUGCUACAUCCUUCAACAAUUUCAUUGCGGACGGGCCCAAUAGCAGUCACGCAGAAAUCAUUCGAACGAUCAAUGUUUUCUCGAGCUCCAUCGCAGACGUUCUGAGCAACACCAAAGGUCUUACGCGACUUGCUACCGAUGACAAAAAGGCAGAUCAACUCACUAAUGGCGCUCGCCAAUCUGCUUUGUCUACUGUCAAAUUUUUCCGUGGCCUACAGAGUUUUCGACUCGAUGGCAUGGAUCCAAUGCAGAAGACGGACGUAGUCAUCAAUAGUAACAACGAGGUAUUGAUGAACCUGCAGAAGCUGAGCAAGCUUGCAGACUCAUUCGCGCCUAGCAGUGGCAAGUUGAACACCAAGGGUGAUUUGGGUGACCUCGUCGAUAAUGAACUGAACAAGGCUGCUGAUGCCAUUAAUGCUGCGGCUGAACGCCUUGCGCGUCUCAAGUCAAAGCCCAAGGACGGGUACUCGACCUACGAGCUCCGCAUCCACGAUUCCAUUCUCGACGCUGCCAUCGCCGUAACAAAUGCCAUCGCGAGACUCAUUAAGGCAGCUACAGUGACACAGCAAGAAAUCGUUCAGGCAGGACGUGGCACUGCUUCCAAAAGCAACUUCUACAAGAAGAACAACAGAUGGACAGAAGGCCUUAUCUCCGCAGCUAAGGCUGUUGCCUCCUCGACCAAUACCUUGAUUGAGACCGCCGAUGGCGUACUGUCUGGACGAAACAGCCCUGAGCAAUUGAUUGUCGCCUCAAAUGACGUUGCUGCUUCUACGGCACAACUUGUUGCAGCUAGCAGAGUAAAGGCAGGCUUUAUGAGCAAGAGCCAAGAGUCUCUAGAACAAGCCAGCAAAGCUGUCGGUGCAGCAUGCAGAGCACUUGUGCGACAGGUCCAGAGCAUGAUCAAGGACCGUGACCAAGAGGAUGACAAAGUGGAUUACGGCAAGCUUGGUGCACAUGAGUUCAAGGUUCGGGAAAUGGAACAGCAGGUCGAGAUUCUACAGCUGGAGAACAACCUGGCAGCAGCGAGACAGAGAUUGGGAGAAAUGCGGAAAGUCUCGUACCAGGAGUAGAUUCGUGUUCUUAGGAUCGGAGCCAGGAAUUUUAGCUUACUGCAUCACACUUUUCGAUUCACAUAUAUUGUACAUGAUGUCUGAAGACUGAGGUGCGCACUCCGUUAGUGCCCAUCGUUUUUCACGCUCUGCAUACGGUGUGUAGUCUCCGAGGAAGCACUUUUGAGUGAGCAAACACAAACAAUUGGGCAGGAGUUGGAAUAGGU